AUGACAUUGUUCAAUAAGAGCCGAUCGAGAUACUACGGUUCGGAUACUUUACGAGCACAUCUGCGCGGCUCGAAACGAAAUGACCGAACUUGUUCACCCGACCCACCCUGCGCGCGCUCGAGUCGCCACGAGUGCGCUCGCGUGGCGAAUCCGCUUGAAGUACAGACUUCGAGCGAUCGGACGAGCGCCGUCAGAAGCCAGCUUUAG